ACUGUAGACAAUGAACAAAGUAAAAUAUUUAUAACAUCAACUGUUUAUAUUUCAUUAAAUAUACAUACAAACAUAUUUGUGGAUAUUAUAAAUCAAAAUCACAAUCAUGCUUCAUCGACCUACUCUCAUGCCUGCAUCAAUGAAAUCAUCCUCAAAAUUCAAAUUAUCUACUAAUUCAAAACAUUCAUCUCAAUCAAGUAAAAUAGAAAGUCGUCAUGAUUAUAACGGUGGUGAGACAGUUCUUGUACGACGUACAAAUCCAGAUGAAGACCGUAUGAAACAGGAAGAUACAACAUUUGAUGAUGUAUUAAACAAAGAACAAGAAGAUUAUGCGGAGGAAGAUUACAAUGGGAAUGAUGGAGAUAUGAAUUCAGAUGACUCUCAUAUGAAAGGUGAAUCUCACAUCCCAGUGUCAAAUAUUAAAGUGGAUGAAGCCACUGGAAAUGCAACUCCAGUGACCGUAACCACAGAUUCGGUUAAACCUAUUGGAAUUUUACCUCUGAAUGAUGUGAUUCACAAUUUACUCACAUGUACACCACAUGUUGCUCCCACCAUACAAAAUGUUGCACUUCAACCUAUACUGUCGGGUAAAAUGAACGGAUCGGGAAGUGUGCAAAUGCCGAAUGUUGUUUCCAAUGCAUUGCCUACAUUGUGGCUUCAUUCUCCUGUUGUGAAUUCAACGGAAAUGAUGAGUAUGCCUAAUGUGAAUAGUGUGACAGAUUUGGCGAGUAAUAUUGUACAGAAUAGUGGGACUGCACUGAAUCCACUUGUUGCUGCUGUGCUUGUGAAUUGUGCCACAGUGAACAUGAUAAGUCAGCUAGCUGGAUCUAUGUGUACUCCGCUGGUGAACAGCAGUAUGAUCGAUGGUAAUGUUAAUGGUAGUAAUGUGAACAACAAUAGUGAGUACACUAGUAGUGCUUGUAGUGUUAGUGUUGGUAGCAGUGGAGUCAACACAGUAACAAUCCCUACAGCGUCAUUACUUCCCAAUUUGUUAUCUGCCAUUCCGUUGUCUACGUAUAUAUCGGGAUUAGGACUGAAUACAACUGGAGGUAUAAUUACUUCACCAAAUAGUUUGUGUAAUGUUGGUGUUACUAGUACAGCUGUCUCGUCUGCUGCAACCCUUAAUAAUAAUAAUAUUGGUGGUAUGAUUGUGACACCAUCGAAUGUUGAGAAUAUUAUGGUUUCACUGUCAUCUGGUAGAAGUCAAGCUGAAAAGUGUGAUGUGAUGUAUAAUACUGAAAGAUGCGUUGUAAAUAAUUCAUCUAAUGAAAUUAUUAAAAAUAUUGAGAAUAAUAAUGAUGAUAAUAAUGCAGCAACUGUAAAAUCCGAAUCAUUUCAGUCAUAUAUGAUAAUUCCUGAUUCCAGAACAAUGUUUAGCACUAAGCCUACAAGAGAAUUGAGAAAGUAUCAUUGUACAUAUCCAGGAUGUGACAAAUCGUAUGCUAGACGAUGUCAGUUGAAUCAACAUAUAUCAACGCAUAUGAUUACUGAUCCGAUAUCAUGUGAUGCACCGAAUUGCAAUGUGAAAUACUUCUCAGAGGAGGAUUUAAAAAGACAUAAAUUAUCUCAACAUUCAUCGGCCGAUCAGGAUUCGAGUCGUCAUUAUGCUUGUACAACUCCUGGAUGCAGUAAAUCGUAUUCCGAGUUGAAUAAAAUCACGAAACAUCCCGAAAUAACUACUAUUUCACCAAAUGUGCAACCUAAAUUAACAGAACCAUUGGAAACGAGGAAUGCAAAAUCGAUAGCACCGAAUGUUCAGAAAAUUCUCCCACCCAUUGCACCAAAAUCAACCAUAUCUCUCCCCAAAAAUUUGAUUUUUCUAAAUGUUUGUACAUAUCCUGGAUGUGGUAAAUCUUACUCAUCAUUCAACAAACUCAAGUUACAUUUAAGAUCACAUAAGUGUGAAAGGCAAUACGUUUGUAGAAAACCUGGUUGUAGUGCUACAUUUACUGAAUUGUCUGGAAUCCGAUCUCACGAACUGUCACACAUAUUCGUCCAUAAAAGUACCGGACGACUGGAUAAAUAUCCUAUCACUAUGGUUAGUAAUACAUUCCGAACAAGUUUUAACACUUUUGAACCAAUAUUGAAUAAUCAGGGUAGCUCUGAAAUAACUAAUAUUUCACCACAUGUGUUACCUAAAUCAACAGAAUCAAUUGAAAUUACAAGUGAAUUAUCGAUAACACCGAAUAUCUAUAAGAAUCGUACUCUCCCACUCGUUGCUCCGAAAUCAAAUGCCCCUGUUCUUAAACCGUCUAUUCCCACAGUAAGUUGGGAUUCCGGAAUGAAGUUAACUCAUGUUUGUCCAUUUAAAGAAUGCGGUAAAGCGUUCCUGAAACGAAAUAAACUGCACGAGCAUGUAUGUCGACAUACAGGUGUACGACCAUUUGUGUGUGAUCAAUGUAAAGCAUCGUUCGUUCAAAGGUAUGAAUUACGUCGUCACAGUAUUAUCCACCUUCGUGGUGCACAACCAAGGAGUUUAUCACGUUUUCUCACAACUCCACAACAAACAAAUGAAACACUCAAAUCUAUUGUCACAAACAGUCAAAUUUCUGUCAGUACUGCUCCCAAUACUGCUACUAUUACUACUACUCACACCACUUAUACUACUACUAAUACUACUAACAUUAAUACUAUUCCCAUUGUUACUACGACAGUUUCUGCAAACGGUCUUAUUUCAGAUACUACAAAUUCCACCAUCUCUACUGUUCCUGUUUCGAUCAGUAUUCUUAAAGUUGAAGAAGAGUCAGAACUAAUCAAAAUGGAAGAAUUUAUUGAACAAUCAACAAGUCUACAACCAUGUGAUACUGAUGAUCAGAGUUCCACCCACACGUUACUCUACACACUCCUUCAGUCUAAACAUGAGAAGUCACAAUCUUCCUAA